GCCGGAGAGCUGUGUGCGGCGCAUGGGAGGGAAAGAGGAGGAGGAGAAAGGGGAAAAAAUUAGUAUUGUUAUUAUUAUUCUCCGGCUGAGAUAUUCCAAGGCUGGCAUCAAGCUGGAUUAGCAAACUGGGGAGCUCUGCGUGUGUCGGUGCGUGUGGCGCCUCCCCCGGUUCUGUUUACCCACCACAUCAGGUAUCCCUCCAUCACUUCUGGCAUCCCUCCAUCUUUCAGAUGCUCCUCUUGACAUGAAAAGGCCGGCGGUGGGCACAGGAGGCAUGGCAUGAGCUAGGACAAGGUGGCUGGAGAGUGACCCUGGAAGAUGUCGAACCAGAGCAACGGUGAUACCAAACCCCCAUGUUUACCCCGGAAUGGGCUAGUGAAACUCCCUGCUCAGGCCAAUGGACUCGGCUCAGCCAGCAUCACCAAAGGGACCCCUGCGAUGAAAAACCGCCUGUGCCAGCCCUCUUCUGUGCCUGCCAUCCUCAGUCCAGCCUUAGCCAACCACACUGAACUGCCCAUCCCGAGCCUCGCCUCGCCCUUGACCUUGGCCACGCUGGCCGGCGUGCCAUCUCCUUCCACCGCUGCCUUGGUGGGGCUGAACUCCAGCGAGGGCUCCCCGGCCAACGGAGAAGUCCUCUCCUCCUUGGAGGGCCUCUCCGGUUCCUACACCGAAAGGCAACUGGUAGUAGACGAGAAGAUCCUCAACCGCUUGUUCAUGUACUUUUCGGCCUGCGAGAAGUGCAUCUUGGCCCAGGUGUGUAAGGCGUGGAGGAGGGUCUUGUACCAACCCAAGUUCUGGGUGGGCCUGACGCCGGUGUUGCACACCAAAGAGCUCUACAACGUUCUGCCCAGCGGAGACAAGGAGUUUGUCAACCUCCAGGGCUUUGCCAUCCGGGGCUUUGAUGGCUUCUGCCUCGUUGGGGUCUCGGACUUGGACAUUUGCGAGUUCAUUGAUAACUAUCCCCUCUCCAAGAAAGGAGUGAAGUCCAUGAGCCUUAAAAGAUCGACCAUCACAGAUGCGGGCCUUGAGGUGAUGCUGGAACAGAUGCAAGGGGUCAUGAGGCUGGAACUGUCCGGGUGCAAUGAUUUCACUGAAGCCGGCCUCUGGUCGAGCCUGAAUGCACGCAUCACCUCCUUGAGCGUCAGUGACUGCAUCAAUGUGGCCGAUGACGCCAUCGCGGCCAUCUCUCAGCUGCUCCCCAAUCUGACUGAGCUGAACCUUCAGGCCUACCAUGUGACGGAUACGGCCCUGGCUUACUUCACUGCCAAGCAGGGUUACACCACCCACACCCUCCGCCUGAACUCCUGCUGGGAAAUCACAAACCACGGGGUGGUCAACAUGGUGCACAGCCUCCCCAACCUGAGUGUGCUCAGCCUCUCCGGCUGCUCCAAAGUGACUGAUGACGGGGUGGAGCUGGUGGCGGAGAACCUCCGCAAGCUCCGGAGCUUGGACCUCUCCUGGUGCCCUCGGAUCACAGACAUGGCCCUCGAGUACAUCGCCUGUGACCUGCACAAACUGGAGGAGCUGGUGCUUGAUAGGUGUGUACGGAUCACGGACACCGGACUCAGUUACCUGUCCACUAUGUCAUCCCUUAGGAACUUAUAUCUCCGCUGGUGCUGCCAGGUUCAAGAUUUUGGCCUGAAGCAUUUGCUGGGAAUGAGAAGUUUACGCCUCCUCUCUCUUGCAGGCUGUCCUCUGCUGACCACCACUGGACUUUCAGGCCUUGUCCAGCUUCAAGACCUAGAAGAGCUGGAGUUGACUAACUGCCCUGGGGCCACUCCAGAGCUUUUCAAGUAUUUCUCCCAGCACCUGCCCCGUUGCAUGGUGAUCGAGUAAGCAGCUCCCUGGAAGAAUUUGACCAACGUCUGGAGCCAAGUCCUCCAAUCCCAACCCAGCACUGACCAACCAAUCAGAGUCAUGGUUUUAUUUAUUCAUUUAAUAUAUAUAUAAAUAUAUAUAUAUAAAUAUAUAUAUAUAAAUAUAAAUAUAUAUAUACUAUAUAGCUUUUCUUUUCCGGGAGAGAGGCUAUGACUGAACCCACACACGCAUU